CAUACUGGGUAGACGUGCGUCGCCCCAACAGUUCUCAAAUUUCAUCCAACCUUCAACCUAAUCGGUUAUUCGUGAAUUCGUUUCUUUUCUAUAUAAUUUCGAUACUGAUAUUUAUAAAUUUCCCCGUCACUUGCGGUCUAAAUUACGCCUUUUUGGAGAUUUUACACAACUCUGUACGCAAUGGGCCUGAAGCGAUUCCUCAAUUCGAUGGUCCGCACCUUCCCGAUGCGGGCCAAGCCAGGAACCGUAGCUGAAGGAUUUCCACAUGUAUUCAAUAGAGACGGUAUGUGGAAUGUAGCGAUGCGUCAACAGGACCAACCAAAGAGCCAAAACCCGGCCAAUCUGGAUAAAUCAAAGGAUCAAGCUCUCGUCUAUCCAACUGGAUCACGUAAACGUUCCUGGUUGCUGUGGCGUGGAGUCAACGAGAACAAGGUUUCCCGGAACUAAUUAUCGGGAUGGCACUAUCGGGAUGGCGCUUCAUCUGAAGACUCCUGGAAUCUCGAAAAUGCAUUUCGUUUUUCAAUCAGAAAUUUGUAAUACAAGAUGGUCUUGUAGCA